GGCCCUUCUCGGGGAGCGGGCCAGCAGCCGAGGUCCCAGCCUGCGGGAUCCGCCCGAGCCUCUGCCCUCCUGGGCGCGCGUGUCCGCGUCUCGGCCGGUUCCUCGUUGGCCAGGCGGAGCUGCAGGGCGGCGCCACGAGUCUGCCGGCCCGCUGGGGGAGCCGCGCUCCGGCCCCCGGCCAAACCCAGUUCGACGACAUGUUGGGCGUCUCACUCCGGGACCCGUCACUGCUCCUGACCAUCACCGUCAUUGGGGUCACUGUUCUCCUGUUGGUCCUGAAGAGCAUGAACUCUAGGAAGAGAGAGCCUAUCACCUUACAAGACCCUGAAGCCAAGUACCCGCUGCCCUUGAUUGAGAAAGAGAAAAUCAGCCACAACACCCGGAGGUUCCGCUUUGAACUGCCUUCGCCUGACCAUGUCUUAGGACUUCCUGUAGGUAACUAUGUCCAGCUCUUGGCGAAAAUUGAUAAUGAAUUGGUGGUCAGGGCUUACACGCCUGUCUCCAGUGAUGAUGACAGAGGCUUUGUGGACCUAAUUAUAAAGAUCUACUUCAAAAAUGUACACCCCCAAUAUCCUGAAGGGGGCAAGAUGACUCAGUAUUUGGAGAACAUGAAAAUCGGGGACACCAUCUUUUUUCGAGGGCCAAAGGGACGCUUGUUUUACCAUGGGCCAGGGAAUCUUGGAAUCAGACCAGACCAGACGAGUGAGCCUAAAAAAAAACUGGCCCAUCACCUGGGAAUGAUUGCUGGGGGCACAGGCAUCACACCCAUGUUGCAGCUCAUUCGCCACAUCACCAAGGACCCCAGUGACAGCACCAGGAUGUCCCUCAUCUUUGCCAACCAGACAGAGGAGGAUAUAUUGGUCAGAAAAGAGCUUGAAGAAAUUGCCAGCACUCACCCAGACCAGUUCGACCUGUGGUACACCUUGGACAGGCCUCCUAUUGGCUGGAAGUACAGCUCAGGCUUUGUUACUGCCGACAUGAUCAAGGAGCACCUUCCUCCUCCAGGGAAGUCCACGCUCAUCCUGGUGUGUGGCCCACCACCCCUGAUCCAGACGGCGGCUCACCCUAACCUGGAGAAGUUGGGUUAUACCCAGGACAUGAUUUUCACCUACUAACACCUCCAUGUGCUCAGGAAAUUUGCAUGUCCCUUUUCAUCUGUUUCAGACAGGUUUUAUUAACUAACAGCUCUCCUCCUCGCGUGUGAGAGCCUCCAGGAUGUCACCAGGAAUAGCAUGAGCCAUCUAGUCUGCGUGCUGAUAUCGCACUGCCCUCCCACAAAAGUGGUCUGCAGACCAUGUAUAAAAGUACAAGAGGUAUGAAGCCUGCGGUGAAGAGCACAGCAUGGUUGAAGACACGCGGACCCUAGGGCCACCCCUGGACACCUGUCCCACAGCUCUGCUUUGUGCCUGUCGGCACCCUGUCUGAGACACCCUGCCAGCCCAGACUGGGCUUGCAGAGAGGGCUGUGUGCCAGCUGCCCACAGAAGCAAAAGCUCCGGACCCCCACACAUGCCUCCCUACGCUCUCGGCCAUGAAGAAAGUCAUCUCCAGUCAUCAGAGUCGGGGGCAGGCAGGCGAGAGUCAUUCAGCAGCUGGUCCUGGCUCAGCAUUGUCUGAAAAGGACACAGCCGAAGGGUCAAUUUAACAGAGUUUUGGUCCAGGCUGCCCUGCGGCAGCUGCAUGGGAAGUAGAGGGCACUGGGUGAGGGCUGCAUCUGACGCAGGUGAACUGUACAGUGUUUAUAGUGUCCCAAGAAACCCUGAGUAUUGGAUCAGAAUAAACAAUACUAUUAAGAUAAAAAUAAAUUGUUCAUCUUAGAAAUAAAUUUUCUAUUUUCAGGCCACCAAAGGACUAGAUCAUAAGGGCAAGUGUGCUCAGAUUCCUUUCAUGGGUGGGCCAAUAAAUAAAAACGUUGAAUAAAACGGAUCCUGUUUGGAGUCAGGGAGACUUCCCUGUUUUGUCCUUGGAUACAAGGAGAGUCGUGUGUCCCUGUCCCUGUCCUGUCUUCCCAAUGGGCCUUGUUAGACAAGCAAAGUACAGUGACAGGGGCCUCGAUGGGGACAGACACUACAGCCAACAGGCUCAGUGAUGGGAUGUCCAAGAACUAAAAGGCCUUGGGAGUUAUGGGUCCUCAAAAGCAAAUCCUGUGCUCUGUGGCUGCGCUCUGUGGCUGGCCUUUUCCUGCCGGCUCUAGUCUGCCUGUAAGCCUGGCAAGGAGGGUAUCAUUAGCCCUGCUUUACAGAUAACUAGCCAAAGCUCAGGAGAGAAUGACACCCCAGGUCACAGAGCUAGUGAAGUCAGAGCAGGGACUUGAGCCUCACUCCAAAACUGCUUUUUGAGGCCAAGCUUCUUCCCCAUAAUAUAGUUUGUCCUUUCGGGCAUGCCAGAUGUGCUCACAAGGCUGUCAACACUUUGUGAUACCCACAAAGUCAGAGGCACGAUAGGAAAUGCA